GAACGCAAACCCGCCAAUACAGAUGUGACGCGAAUGCAGAGCGAACAAAGACUAGCCCAGUGCUACAGAGGAAUUAACCGAAUUGCUGGCAACCUUAUUAAAACUUGAUGCGCUGCAAAAAGGAAACUAAUUUGAAAAACCUGCGCCACAUUCUGAUUGGUCAAGUUUUAUUCCCGCAGUUUAAAGGCAGUUCCAGUGUUUUGAUAAAUGCCUAAUGCGUAUACCCACAUCAAAGACUGAUAGGGUGGGCAUUUACAAUUGACAAGUUAGUGAUUUGUGUAUGUAGCUACGUAUUAUGUUUUACCGUUGAAUCGACAAAACAGCAGUUAAUGUUGGUGCAUCUGGAAUACAGGAAUCUCAAGGGCUGUAUUUUUCUCUGGAGAAACUAAAAUAACUGCACUCGAGGGGGUCGUUUAGAGAACUCCAACUUGUGAUUCACACUGGCGAUGUACGAUGACUACAGAAAAGGAGACUUAAUCAUCAAAGUGCAGUGGCUCACAUACUUAAAAUCCCUAAAGCUGAUUACCAAGUUACUAACUACAAUUUAGUGAUUUGCUUCUCCCAUUCAUUGUUGGUAAUAGUAAACUAAGAGUCACAACUCUUCCCCAGAAGUAGUGGGUGGCUCUGAAAAGAGCCUUUGGUUUGGAUAAAACGUUGUUGUGGCGACCUUACUUGCCCUUGGCUUUGUGGUGGCUCUCGGUCUUCUUGGGCAGCAGCACCGCCUGGAUAUUGGGCAAGACACCGCCCUGUGCUAUAGUGACUUUGCCCAACAGCUUGUUGAGCUCCUCGUCGUUGCGGAUGGCCAGCUGCAGGUGUCGCGGGAUAAUACGGGUCUUCUUGUUAUCGCGGGCCGCGUUACCAGCCAGCUCUAGGAUCUCGGCAGUCAGGUACUCCAGCACCGCCGCCAGGUACACUGGGGCGCCAGCCCCGACUCGCUCGGAGUAGUUCCCCUUGCGGAGCAGACGGUGCACUCGGCCCACCGGGAACUGCAGGCCCGCCCGGGAAGACCGGGUCUUUGCCUUGGCGCGAGCUUUACCACCCUGCUUACCACGUCCAGACAUGAUACUUAAAAACCACUGCUACAAAAAGGGAAGGAAUUUCUCCAGAGCAGCAUUUCUUAUAGCCAUUGCUGGGCGCGAAAAUGAAACUAUGCCAUUGGCUAAGGUUACAGUUUCACUUAAGCCAAUAAAAUCGCAACUUUGAAAUACACUUGCUUUCAUUGGAGAAAGUUAAUACGUGUUUUCCACAAUUCACCACCAAUCAGACAUAUGACUAUUCAUCACUUCAUUUGCAUAAGAGGCUUUACAUAAAGAAGACACGCACAGACAUCUGCUCAUUCUUUUGAACAUCUCCAUAGUUAUUCACAGCCAUGCCUGAGCCUGCCAAGUCCGCCCCAGCUCCGAAAAAGGGCUCCAAGAAGGCGGUGACCAAGGCGCAGAAGAAAGACGGCAAAAAGCGGAAGCGCAGCCGCAAGGAGAGCUACUCGGUCUACGUGUACAAGGUGCUGAAGCAGGUCCACCCCGACACCGGCAUCUCCUCCAAGGCCAUGGGCAUCAUGAACUCCUUUGUCAAUGACAUCUUCGAGCGCAUCGCCGGCGAGGCGUCGCGCCUAGCUCAUUACAACAAGCGCUCGACCAUCACCUCCAGGGAGAUCCAGACGGCUGUGCGCCUGCUGUUGCCCGGGGAGCUGGCCAAGCACGCUGUGUCCGAGGGUACCAAGGCCGUCACCAAGUACACCAGCGCCAAGUGAGUUUUGCUCCCCUUGGAGCAAACGGUUCGGCUGACCCAGACCUCCAAGGCUCUUUUCAGAGCCAUCUACUCCUUCCAAAGAGAACUGGCACUCGUAUUUUCAUCCCAAACAGGCAAAUGCAGUUU